CUGUGCGAAAUUCAUCUUACGUAUUUAUGUUAUUAGUCAGACACAUCAUAAUUUUCAAACUUUUCGAAACGUGGAACAAAACUUAACUACUGACAGGAACAACAACAGUUCUCUCAUUAGUUUAUUCUACCAGAAGCUUUGCAAUCCUAGAUUUUAAAACUACAAAGAUAUUUAAGGCGUUGAAUGUACUCUUUUAUUUAAUAUAUGUUGAUGGAAAAGGACGAUGAAGACAACGUAUGAAUGGUCAUAAUUCUGAAGUAAACCCCUCAACCCCUUUAACCCUCUGAUUAUUCUACACACUCGAUAAGUAUUUUGGAAAAAAUACUACCAAACUAACGACCCUACUAUUAGCACGCCGUACGGUAGCCAACGUGAAGAACAUUACAUUAGACGCCAUAUGGUAGUAUUGACCGCAUUGAAUCUGUUGGAAAUUUGUCUCUUUGGUAACGCUAAAGAUAUGGCUGUAUUCCUUCCUAAAAAAGACGUAAUUGUAGCUAUGGAGAGUGACAUUGCAAGAACUCUAGAGUAAACAGUGUUAAGUUUAAAGAUUUAACCAUUAGGGGUACAUCGUUUGGAAUUACGUUUGAGUCGUUUCCUCUCUCCAGGUUACAAAACCUUCAAGUGUAUUUAGCUAAUACUGUACCUGUAAGGCGUGGACACACGCUUAUUCUUUAUAAUAAUUAAUGAAAAUAAUAUUUUUAAACCAGUCUAUAUUUCUGCCAUGCGACUCUUAGGGAAUUCGACAAUCCAUGAAAUUUGAGUUUGCAAAUAAGGGAGUGGAUACUUUUAACCUCGGUAAUAUUUUACACCGGCAAUCUUUCGAAGCUUUUAACCCACCAUACUUCCUAUUCAGAAACACCUCCGUAAUUUCUCCACGCCGGUAGCAUCCAAACUUUUCAGCAACAAACAUGCGCUACAACAGCAAAUGAAUGUAGAUGACUUAAGAAUAAAUCCUCCUUUAGCUUGUUCUUGUUCAACCUCUCCAUAUAACUGUGGUCCUGCUAGGCACAUAGUGAAUGCCCGCUUUAGCAUUAUCUCAAACGUGAAACUUUUUCUUUUAAAUGGAAUAUGAAUUUCAAGAUAUUCCGAGAGUCCUUGGAAAACUUUGUCACAGAAUAAGUAAAAUGAGAGUGUUCUGCAUUGGAUUCACUCUCACAGUCGGUUCACUCCAUUCAAAUCAUCAUUUUUACAUUUUUAGAUAGCAGGUAUGUCAUUUGCCUAAUGAAAAGGCAUCAAAUAACUCGACCCUUUUCUGCAGACAGUUAUACAUUUUCACAAAACAAAAAGAACUGGACUUACUUCAUAACAAAGGAAUCUUUACAUUAUGCAAUCUUACCAAAGAAGAAAUACGGGCGAAUCAUGCAUCCGUUUUAGGUAUAUGUAGACAGACUAUCAAUUAAAAGGAAACGGACAUCCUCCGUUUAUAUUUGAUUCUUAAACUUCUCAGGAAUCACAGUAAACAGCGUUUUAUUGCUGGUUCUUAAAGCUGUUCCAAUCCUUUAUCCAAACUUCUAACUACCAUUCUUAGAACUAAUAAAUUAUUCCGACUUGUGUUUAACACCCUCAGAACACUGGACUCCGUUCACUAUAAUACCUCCCCCCCCCACCCUCUUACCUGAAGGAACAACUUCGUUUUCUUGUUAUGAGAGCUUCCUGCUUCCUUUCCAAACGUGGUACAAAUAUGGAUUGAUCUAUAUUGAAGCGUAUUUUAUGAAAAAUACAUCAAAAUAAAAGAAAUAUACGGAGGACGAGAUUAUAAAAAUGACGGAGUUUUUGGUUGGCAAUAUCUUCGUUGAGUUUUGUGGUAGUAUUUUCCAACGGAUUAUUACCAUACCUAUGUGAACCAAAACGUAAAGAAUAUAAACAUAUACAUAAUCUUCAAUAUGAUGUGUGCUUCCCAACCUCAUUCAUAUGUCACAAAUAUUUUUGUUCACAGUGAUAAUGACAAAGGAGGCAACCAUGAAAUGCUGUCACUUUCGGGAUCAUUUGUCUGUUACACCUAAUGCCUUACUUGAUUAUUACAAAUGUCCAAUGUGACUAUUAAGUAAUUAUGAACAUUUUGCUCUUCUGUCCCUACCCCCUCCCUCACUCCCUUCUGAUUUUGAUGUAGAGUAACACUGACAUCCUUUUGUCCUUUGUAUCUCAAUGAAUUCAGAAAUUUAGAAAAUCUGGAAAAUAUAUGAAUGGCAUUUAGAAAUAUCAGAUGGGUAAAUUGGUGAUGAAUUGGUACAGAUUUUUUAAAUGUCAAUUAUAAAAUGCAGUAAUUUCCCCAAUAAGAGGAAGAUGACGUAUGAUUCAUGACUCUAUUUUGAUAUUACCCAAGUUCUGAAUCAUUUAAAAUCUAUCAACACAACUGGUCUCAUUUAGUAUGUACAUGCACGCAAUUUUAGUAAUGUCAAACAGAUGUUGCACGUUCAUUUUUCAGAUUGUCCCAUAUUUACAUAUUCACUCAUGUUUAAAGGCCAUCCACAAUGAUCUUUAGUCGUACUGUGUUACGUAUUCCGAUACAAUAUAAAGGAUAAAUUCCAAUUUUGUUAACAAAUGGAAGCGGUAUUCAUCAUCCUAAUUUUCGUGGGUCUCAUAUAUGCUUCGUCGUUGGCCGCAACCGUCACAGCGAAAUCACUUCUGACCAGCCUAGAGGAUCAGACGGCAGGCAGAUCAGAAUGUAAUUCGUAUUCAAUGCUGACUGAGAGAAUAGGUGAAGAAAUGGUGGACACAAUUAGCGAAAUCGGUGGGCGGAUUGACAAACCGAAAAAAGUCGUUAAAUCUGCACUCCUACAGGAAAUAGAGUUAUCCUGUCAAGUUAUGGCGAUGAAGGUGAACAAGAUAAAGAAUGAUAUUAUUGAGGAAUGUCCUAUUCACGUCCUAACUGGCAUGCAUGUGUUUGGAGGAAUCUGCACGGACAAGGGAUCAUUGACAGCACUUGCAAAUGAACUGCUUGCUGACUACCAAUAUGUGAGGAGCGCCUGUUUCCCCGCUAUGCAUCCCAUUAUGGACGGUUGUAAGAGGGCGGAUAUCGUCGCAGACAAGGGGAUUGUGGAUGGGCUGACAGAAUACAAAAGAAUCAUGCCCGAACAUCUCCAUUGUGUGUUUACGGGGAUAGAAAACAUCGACGGUAUGUCAUCAGUGUGUGGUAGUACCGCCAGUCUGAAGAGAAUGGCUGUGUUGUUCGAACUCAUAACAUAUCCAGGUCCAGGAGUUACAUUCACGAUGGAAGACUUCGGAUUAUAACCAAAGGAUGUCACAUCGAACAAUAAAGAGAAUAAACAGAAAAUUUCCGCUCGU